CAUCAGGUCCUGCUCUUUGGUGGUGGGAUAACAGAGCACCCUGAGCACUACUUAAAACAACAUAGUUGAGAAAGCUAAGUCUCUUUAUUUAAGUAUCACUGUCCAGUGUAGUUUGUGUGUAUAUAUAUUUAUAUAUAUAUAUUUCUGUCGGGUUUCAGAUUGGUAUGUCGAAUAACAACAGUUCCUUGCGGAAUAAACGACCUCAAGUUGGGAGCAUGAAAGAAUUGGUCGAGAAUAUCGUCAAGGGUCCUUCAAGAGAUGGGUCAUCUCAAAUGGAGAUCCUGUUGCCAGCAGAGAAGGAAUUCCUUAAUGCUGCUAAAAGUGAUGAUAUAAAUACUUUGGCAAGAUGCUUACAGAAGAAGGUCCAGAUUAACAUUAAGACUGAAUUGGAUCGCACCGCCUUACAUUUUGCUGUUGCUAACAUGAAUGAAAAUGCUGUUGCCUUUCUUCUCAAACACAAUGCAGUGGUGGACAUUAAAGAUAAGCAUGGAAUGAAUGCAUUCCUUCUUGCAGCCUGGUUUGGAAACCUCAGUAUUAUGAAAAUGUUGGUAGAAAAAGGUGCUGAUCGAAAAUCCACAAAUCAGGAAGGAAUGAAUGCACUCCACUGCGCUGCUCAAAAAAAUCAAGUUUCAAUUGUACAAUAUAUUGUUAAAGAUUUGCAGUUGAAUUUGAACAAGCCCACAGAGGAAGGCAAAAAGUCAUAUCACUUGGCAGCUGAAAAUGGAUGUCUUGAAAUGGCAGAGACGUUGAAGGAAUUUGAAUAUAAUACACAGGAGAAGGACAAAGAAGGUAACACGGCCUUGCACCUUGCUGCCAAGAAUGGUCACACAGCGGUACUGGAGGAGCUGCUGAGAGAAUGGAAUCUAAUAGAUGAAGCGAAUGAGGAGGGUGAGACUGCAUUCUAUCUGGCUGCUGUAGGAAACCACCAGGAAUGUGUGAAACUGCUGAUGGAAGCAGGAAGUGACAUCAAUAUUUUACCAAAGACCAAUUUGAGUCCCUUGCAUAUCGCAGCUGCGAGAGGUGAUAGUUCCAUGGCCUUGGUUCUUAUUGACGCUGGAAUUGCUUGUAAUGAUCAAAAUAAUAGAAAGGAAUCUCCUCUACAUUUAGCCGUUAAAAACGUACAAACUUUAGUCGCCCAGCUCCUUGUGGAAUCCAAGUGUGAUGUUAACAUUUUGGAUGAGAGAAACCAGAAUCCAUUGCAUCUGGCAGCUGAGCUUGGAAGAGCUGACUUGGUGGAACUGCUCCUGAAAGCGGAUACUGACCUAAAACAAAAGGACAAGCAAGGUAAAACUUCGCUGGGAGUGGCAGCAAGAGUCAACCACAUCAUUAUUGUGGAUAUGAUCAUUAAAGCAGAAAGAUAUUAUGCAUGGAAAGAGGAAAUACAGGACAGCACAGCAAUCCCAGCAAGCAGUUACCCAUUAACGUUCAAACCAGACCACACCACACAGACGAGCCAGCUCCGGACAGCCAUAUGGAGUAUGGCAUACCAUAGCUUGAAACCAAAGGAUUGGAAGAAACUUGCGUUGCUGUGGAAUUUCACUGAGGAGCAGAUUAAAGGAAUUGAGGAACAAUGGACAGGACCAAAAAGUUAUAAGGAACAUGGCCACAGGAUGUUGCUGAUCUGGUUACAUGGAAUCCUUUUAACUGGCAAGAACCCAGUCAAGGACUUGUAUGAGGCGCUACUUAAUAUUGAACAGAGGAACUUAGCUGAAAAGAUCAGAAAGGAAAUUAAUGGCGUGCAAUCUCCACAGAAGUGCAGUGUUUCCUAAAGCUUGCAUUGCUUAAUUUGGAGCCAAUGAUGAGGCAGUCUGCUGCUCAGGUGAAUUGCAAGGCAACAUACAGGGCUGCUUUGUAAGAAGCUCAUGUCACAAGACCAUCCUUGCCCUAUCCCAAAUGAAGUAUAUAACAUAGAUAAAAACAAAAAACUGCGGAUGCUGGAAAUCCAAAACAAAUAGUGGACGCUUCAACAGAACAGGACUCGAAACGUCAACUCUUUUCUUCUCCGCCGAUGCUGCCAGACCUGCUGAGUUUUUCCAGGUAAUUCUGUUUUUGUUUUGAAGUAUAUAACAUGUUGACUGUUUACUGUAACUACAAAGAUGGUGUCAGUUCUGAGAGCUUGGAAACAUUUUUUUGAUCAUUUUAUACAUGAUUUGACGGAUUCUUCAAAAAUCACUACUGGUGCUGCUGCAGUGAUAUACAGAACAUUGGUGAAAUGGAGCCCUGGAUGAAACAGUGGAGGCAAAACCUCUGCGCAUCAAAUAACCAAAUGGGAGAACUAGUAUCUUCCUGGCUGAAUUAGACAGGUAGAAUGACCUUCAUUAUUGAUAACUGUUCUAUAAAGAUGAAUUCAGAACUACCAUUUAGCUGUGGCUAAAGCUCUAGCAUUCUCUCCCUAAACCUCUCCACUUCAAUUUCCUCCAUUAAGCAUCUCUUAAGAUCUACAACUUUGACCCAAGCUUUUGUGCUCAUGUGGCUGUGUAAAAUUUUGUUUAACACUCCUAUGAAGUGCUUUGGUACAUUUUACUACUUUGGGACAUUUUACUACAUUUAAAGGCACUGUAUGAAUAUAUGCUGUUGUAGAAAAAACUUUAUUACAAAUCAAAGGAAGGACAAGUCCAUUUAGUAAUAUUCCUCCUAAAAAGGAGUUUGGGCAACCAUCAGUAAGGAGAAAUUCUUUAUCCAAAAUAAAGAUGGGUAUAUAAAUGUGAGGCAUUACUAUAACCGAUAGUGGUCACUAGUAAUGACAUUGGUAAUGUGUCAAGAUUUAUGAAGUCAAACACAUGAUAGAGCAAACAUUUAGUAUUUAACAAUCAGUUCCUUUUUCUUUCCUUCCAUUAAUGAGCUACUAACCAGAUAGCCCCUUACCCAUAUUAUGUUCUUCCAUAGCUUUAUAUUUGUAGUGGUAGUGUCACUGGACUAGUAAUCCAGAAGCCCAGGCUAAUGCUCUAGGAAUGUAGGUUCAAAUCCCAUCACGGCAGGUGGUGUACUUUAAAUUCAAUUAAUUAAUAUGCUCAAUUAAUUUAAAAAAAAAUCUAGAAUUGAAAAUUAGUAGUUUUAUGGUCAUCAUAACUCAGACUAACAAAUGUUGUAAAAAUUAAUCUGGUUUACAACUGUCCUUUAGGGAAGGAAAUCUACCAUCUUUACCUAUCCUGGUCUACAUCUGACUCCAGACCCACAGCAAUGUGGUUGACUCUUAACUGCCCUCUGAAAAAGUGAGGCAGGCAAGCCACUCAGUUCUACCAAACCGCUACAGAAAAGCCCUGCAGCAGUUCAAGGCAGUAGCUUACUACGUCUAUCUCAAGGGCAUGACAGUUGGGCAACAAAUGCUGGUCUUACCAGCAAUGCCCACAUCCCAUGAAAAGAAAAAACCAUUACAAGGAAACACAAAUAAAAGAAGAGUCAACUUGCAUCAAGUGCAGUUUCAUUUUGGAGAUGUAAAAUAAAU